ACAAGUUUAUCUAAUUAAACUUUUAUGUAACGGACAAUCAAAGAGAUUAUUUCUCCGCAAGUAAUAGGUUACGGGAAGUGAUUGGUUAUCGUGUUAUUUUUGUUCAAUGAGUUAAGCGCGUCGUGUUCAAUGUGCGACAGUCGUAUCUAAGUACGAGGACUAUUUCGAACGAUUCUCGAAAUUUGCAAUCGGCAUGGAUCAGGCGCGAGCGAACGAAAUUCAAGAUUUCUACGAGGAUACUCUCGAGGAAGAAGCAACAAGCAAUCGUUGGAAUGUUGACAUGGAUUUAUUAUAUUUUUCAUCAAUAGACAAUGCCACGAAGAAAUGGAUAGAAACACUGCAACAUAUGUGGUCAUUAUGGAAGAAAUGCGACAUUGUUAGCAAAACAUUAACAGAUUAUUUUGAAACAGCACCAAAUCCAUAUCUUAACACUUUGAAAAUAUUGGCAAAUAUUCUAAAGUUAAGACAUAUAAAAUCUACAGAGCUUGCGCUUGAUGUCAUAGAAGAGUUUUCAAAUUGGCUUGAAGAUAGGAAAGAAGUUUAUCAGGAUUUUCUUGUUCCUGAUUUGAAAAUAGCAGCUUUCAAAUUAACAAACAAUCAGAAAAAUUUAGUUAAGAAGGUUGCUGUUGUAUAUGAUUUUAUGGAACAUAAAGAUAUGUUCUUACAAUUAAUACAGGGAAUGAUUCUGGAACAAAAAUAUAAAGAGGCUGCGCAAUAUGCCGUAUUAUUACAAUUACAAAAUUCCUUUAAAGAUCCAGAGAUAUUGUUAAUACCUUUGAUUUUACAAAAUAAGUUGGCAGUGAUGGAUGAAUUUUUGGUUGGUUGCCCAGAUAUACAAGAAGCCUUGAUAAGUUAUUUAGAUAACUUAAUAGCACCAGGGAAAAACAUGCAGUUUAUGCUAGAACAUUUUAUUCAGAAAAAUAAUAUACCAGAUGUUAAGAUAUCAACGUCGCAUAUUCGCCCAAUGACCAAGCUUAUUACACGUUUAAUAAAACAACAUAAUCUAGCACCUGACUUGUGCCCCCAUUUAAAUGCAAAACGAAGUGAAGGAGCAAUACAAUUUCUUAUACAUAAACGUUAUAUUGAGGGUAGUCUAAGUAUUGAUAGCUGGAGGGAGAUGGUAAGAGAGGCAGUAGGCAAUGAUCCUACCUUACAAGCAAAUCUACUCUCCAUGUUAGUUAAUGUUAAUGAUGAGAAAGAAGGUUUGUAUUGGGCAAGAGAAUUUAAGAUACCCAAAAAUCAAUGGCCAUGGCAUAUUGUACAUGCAGAAGAACAAGAAGACCAAGAUGGAGAAAAUAUAAGUGAGGGUGCUUCUGCUAGUAGUGAAAAAAGUUGGUUAAGUGAAGAUCAUGUAAAUUAUUAUGUUCUAACAUUGCCUAGGGACCGUAUAAAAGUGAUAGAUAAUAGACGUUUAUUUGAAGAAUUUCUUGAUAAUGGAUUGAAAGGCAUCAAUAUGGUUGGAAUUGACUCGGAGUGGAAACCUAGUUUUGUAACCAAACAGUCAGAGUUAGCACUUAUACAGCUUGCCACUAAUGAAAAUGUUUAUAUCCUGGAUGUAAUUACACUCAAUGAAUUACAUGAUCUUUGGAGUGAACUCGGUCUUACAUUAUUUGGGAAUCAAGAUAUAAUCAAAAUAGGAUUCGGAAUCGCACAUGAUAUGACAGUAAUACGUAAAAAUUUACCUGCUUUGUCAUCUAUAAAAACACAUGGACAGGGAUACCUGGACUUAAUGCAUUUAUGGGAUAAAUUAGUGGAUGAUUGCAACUUUGUUUUUCCAUAUCAAGGUGACCCAAAAUUUACAGGCAAGAGCUUAAGUAAGCUCGUGGAAUUGUGUUUCGGGUUAAAACUUAACAAAUCUGACCAAUUCUCUAAUUGGGAAUUGAGACCCUUACGUGAAAGCCAAAUAAUAUAUGCUGCAUUGGAUGCAUAUUGUUUGUUGGAGAUAUAUAAUUUACUAGCUGAAUGUUCAUUAGACAUGAGUAUACCAUUUCAAGAUAUUUGUAAUGAAAUACGACAUAUUCCACAAAAGUCUCAGAAAACAAAUACAAAUAAGUCUACAUACAAGAAACCUGCACAUCUUAAUUUAGCAACAGAUAAUAGAGGCAACGAAAAUUAUCCUAUGAAUACGGGAGCUGUGCCAAAAUACGACGGAAUGACUAAUCACGGAUCUAUACCUAAACAUGGGUUUUCACAAAAUAAUCAGCACAGGCAUGACAAUCGUAAGAAAUACGAUAAGCAAAAAAAAUAUAACUACAAUAAGCAUGAUAGUUAUAAUAAGUACGAUAAUUACAACAAGCCGGAUAGUUAUAAUGGAAACAAUAAUCACAGCAAAUACGAGAACCACAACAGAUAUAAUAAUUAUAACAAAAACGACAAUUGUAAUAAACGCGAAAACCAAAAUAAACAAACACACAGUCAGAAUAGAUAUGAUAACCAAAGCAGAUAUGAUGAUCAGAGCAGAUAUGAUAAUCAAAAUAAACGUGACAAUCAUAAUAGAUAUGAUAAUCAAGAUAGACGAGACAUCCAGAAUAGACAAGAUACUCGCAAUAGGCAAGAUCUUCAAAGUAAAAAAAAUACUCGGAGUCGACAAGAUAUUCAGGGUAAACAAGAUUUUCAAAAUAAGCGAGAUAUCCCAAUAAGACAAAUAGGAGUUCUCCAAUGUAGUAAGCCACAAUCUGCAAAAAUGUAUCGCGAUCCAAUCGCCGCACAUACGUGGCGUGUUGUGUGCGACACGAUGUUGGGUGGCUUAAGUAGCAGAUUACGAAUGUGUGGUGUGGAUUGUGUACAUGUAUUAUUUGAUGAAGGAGGAAAUGAAUCUGCUAACUUAGCGAUGGUUGAGCACAGGUUUCUGUUGACACGUCACAGAAACUAUCAGAAAUUCGAGGUUUACGUACCACUGGAGAAAUGCUACAGAGUAUUGGAAAAUACACCUGAGAAGCAGCUGUGCGAAGUUUUAAGGCACUUCGAUGUCGUGGUUACGCAAAAUGACAUUUUUAGUCGCUGCCAGAAAUGUAAUAACGAUGAAUUCGUUAAAAUCCCAAAAUAUAUUAUGGAUAAACUGAUUCAAAGUUUUGUCAAAAAUGCAAAAAAGAACCAUUAUCGUAUGGUUCCUCUUGAACAGAUGCAUCAGUUCAAUGAUACAUCAAAAACGAUACAUCAAAAUAUCUUCAGUAUCGAGGACGAUACUUCAAGUGACGAUUUCGAAUUGGAUGCAAAUAUAGUGGAUUACUUUCCAAACAGUGAACACCGUAAGUGGCGCCUAUCCACAAACUUUGAUAGUAUUGACAUUGCGAUGUGCACGACAAAAAAUCAAAUACGAAUACAAAUUGAUAAAGUCCCUAUAAAAAUACUGAGGAGUAAGCAAGUUUUUUAUGUAUGUGAACAUUGUGGAAAGAUAUAUUGGGACGGUUCACACUUGGAGCGAGCACUCAAUGGUGUUCUUAAAGAUAUAAUUGUAGAGUGGGUGUGUUAAAUGUGAUAGACUCGAAGACAGGUACGCUCAAAGGAUUGAAAAAGCACAAGAAUCAAAAUCGUCCUUAGUCUAAAGCUUCGAGAACAUAAUAAUUGUUCCUAGAACAACGCCAAUGAUAAGUAUACAAUAUUGUCAAGCUUAUCAUAAAGACGUUUUGUCGCGUUAGUAUCUGCGACAUAGAAAUAUAUAUUCGUAUCAAUAUAUAGUUACCAUUCCUUUCUGCGUUUCUAACGUCUGAUAUGACAAUAUUGUAUUUUAUAAUAUACUGUUUAUUUUAAUAAUACAUAUUACAUUAAUAUUGCCAUUAGAUAAGGUUAAUUCGAUUAGAUUGUUUAUAUUAUAUUUGUUACCUUAUAUUAUAGUUUUAAUGCUAUGAAUUUUUGAAGUAACUAUCGAACUAAUAGUUAUUACUGAAACGUUUUAUUAACACAGCAUGUUAAAUGGUCUAUAAAACGUUUAUUAGAAUUAAAUUUUUUGUUUAAUUGAAUGUGUGCUACAAGAAAAUUUUUUCUGAUUUAAUGGUUAUAGGAACCAUUGUGUCUUCGGUCUACCCUGAGAUCUAUUUAGCUAUAUAAGAUUUUCUUUUUCUCCUUUGUCUAGAGAUCAAGUAGAAUAAUUUCUUUAAAGUUGCUUCCUUUUUUCUUUUAUAGUCCCAACUCAUUUUAUAUGUUCUUCAUGUAUUAAUAAAUUAAUUUUAGCAUA